UAAAAGCCCUCUCAUUUGCGCUCUUUUCAAAACUCAAGCGUCCUCCACAAAUCUCUCUCUUUUCUUUCGCCGAUUCCUUCUCUCAAAGUUCUGCGAGCGGCGGAGAGAAAAACCCUCCAACCCGAUCGCAGAUUCGCAGCCGCAGCUACCUAUCAGGGAAAGUCACAAUGGUUGAUCAAGUUCAAUACCCAACUGUCAUGCAGAAGGUAGCUGGUCAGCUCCUUCAUUCAAGUCUUUCCCAAGAUUUCCAUGGCUAUGAUGGGGCCAUCAAGAGGCCUGCUCUCUACCAAAGGCGUUCAUAUGGAAACUACUCCAAUGCUGCUUUUCAAUAUUCCAUGGUGCGGGGCUGUGGUGCUGCUACUGACCUAUCUCUUGUUCCAUCAACUGCUUCUUCUGUUUGUGUGCAGGCUCCCUCCGAAAAAGGGUUUGCUGGCUUUGCUAUUGAUUUCCUUAUGGGUGGAGUCUCAGCUGCUGUAUCUAAGACAGCGGCUGCUCCAAUUGAGCGUGUUAAGCUAUUGAUUCAGAACCAAGAUGAGAUGAUUAAAAGUGGCAGACUCUCAGAACCCUACAAGGGCAUUGGUGAUUGUUUUAAGAGAACGAUGAAGGAUGAAGGAAUUGUUGCAUUGUGGAGAGGAAACACUGCUAAUGUCAUUCGCUAUUUCCCUACACAGGCUUUGAAUUUUGCAUUCAAAGAUUACUUCAAGAGGCUCUUCAACUUUAAGAAAGACAGAGAUGGUUACUGGAAAUGGUUUGCUGGUAACUUGGCAUCAGGUGGUGCUGCAGGUGCCUCUUCCCUUCUCUUUGUCUACUCCCUAGACUAUGCUAGAACCCGUUUGGCCAAUGAUGCCAAGGCUGCAAAGAAGGGAGGAGAGAGGCAAUUCAAUGGACUCGUUGAUGUCUACAGAAAGACAAUGGCAUCUGAUGGUAUUGCUGGGCUUUACCGUGGUUUUAACAUUUCUUGUGUUGGAAUCAUUGUGUAUCGUGGUCUCUAUUUUGGAAUGUAUGACUCUCUGAAGCCUGUGGUGUUGACUGGAAAUUUGCAGGAUAGUUUCUUUGCUAGCUUUGCCCUUGGUUGGCUCAUCACUAAUGGUGCUGGUCUUGCCUCCUACCCCAUUGAUACUGUCCGAAGAAGAAUGAUGAUGACCUCUGGUGAAGCUGUCAAGUACAAGAGUUCUCUUGAUGCCUUUUCUCAGAUCUUGAAGAAUGAGGGUGCAAAGUCACUCUUCAAGGGUGCAGGAGCAAACAUCCUCCGUGCCAUUGCUGGUGCUGGUGUGCUUGCCGGUUAUGACAAGUUGCAGUUAAUUGUCUUCGGAAAGAAGUAUGGAUCUGGUGGUGCUUAAGCAGCACUGACAUUAUUCCAUUUAGCUUUAGAUGGCGAUGAAAAUCGUUAGAUCUGAGAAUUUAGCAAGCAAAUUUUUCUUCAAAUAAUUCAUUUCAAUGGGGAGGUUGCUCCUCAGACCCAAUUUUUAUUACAUUCGGAUGGAAUUUUUUGGUUAUUUCAUAAACCCGGUUAAAUGUGUUGUGGCCAUUGCCACUGCUGCUUUUUGAACUUCCAUUUAUGAAUUGAUGGAAUUUUUAUACACAA